CCGAAGUUUUCCGACCAAACCACUCUUUUCUUGAUUCUAUAUACUAUACUAAAAUAAACGUGUCUCAUGAUUAAAGCACCUCGCAUAAUUUCCACCGGUCUCUUUACAAAAUCAUUAAAUUAAGUAUUAUUAACAUCAAAAAAUGUAUGUAAAAAAAAGUAAACAAGAAGCAAUGCUAAAUUCACAACAAGAAAAUUAUCAGAAUUUUUGUGAUGCAUUUGUUAAGAAAAACAGAUUGAAAAUUAAAGAUUUGAUAAAUGAUAAUGUUCCUGUUAAUUGUUCUAAUUCAAGAGGCAAUACUCCAUUACAUUGGACAAUUUGUCAAUUUAAUGACACAGACAUCAUGAUAUUGUUACUCAAUAAAGGUGCAGAUAUUUUUGCUAGAAAUGAAAAUAAUGAAACACCAUUGAAUCUUGCAGUUCAGUUAGGUAAAAUGGAAGCUGCUUCUUUACUUCUAGAGAAAGGUGCUCUUGAUAAUGACGAUUUAAAUACAUUACUUCUCGCAGCUGUUGAUGGCAAUCAUAGAGAUAUAGUUACGUUGCUCAUUGAUUAUGCAAAGAAACGUAAUCCAUCAAUUGAUUUGAUAGUUCCAUUCCAGACUGCUAUUUCUCAAAAAAAUGCAGAAAUAAUGAAGCUAAUUAUACCUCAUUGUUCAUCAUUAACUUCAUCUAAUCGAUAUAUUCCUAAAGAUUUAGUGAUGAAAUCUGGUUUAAAAGCUAAAAAAUGUCUUGAUUUGUUGCUAAAUGAUAAUAAUUUCAUCAUUCAUCCAGAUCAUUAUCAUGAUGAAGAUUUCAUUUACAAAGCUGUUGAAAAUGGACAUUUAUUAAUUGUUUUACAACUUUUAAAACAUGGAAUUGAUGUAAAUAUGAUUAAUUCAAAAACAAGGUUUAAUUUAUUAACAAUUGCUUGUCUAAAAAAACGUUAUAACGUUAUUGAAAAACUUUUGGAACAUAAUGCUGAUGUAAAUAUGUCAAUACCUGAUGAAGAAUUGAAGAAUGUUAUGACUUUUUCUAUUAAUUUAAAUUUAUAUCGUCAAUUAUUAAAAUCGUAUGAUAAAGAAAGUGAUUCAAUUGAUGUGACAUGUUUGCAUGUAGCUGUAUUCAACUCUGAUCCGAAGAUGAUAAAACUAUUAUUGAAAUAUGGUGCAAAGAUAAAAUAUGAUCCAACAUUUUCAAUUAUUAUUCGUGUUGCUGUAUAUAAUAAUUGUGAGAAAGUUGUUCAAUUAUUUUUGGAGCAUGGUAUUAGUCCAGAUAAUCCUGAUCCCAAGGGAAAUUCAUUAAUACAUUUUUGUAUUUAUUAUAAUUCUUCUAGAAAUGAUUAUUUUUAUAACAUCGUUAAAUUACUUAUAGAAAGCGGAGCUAACAUUCAGGCACCAGGUAAUGAUCUUAUUUUUGGAGCAAUCAUUAAUGGUCAUCUUAAAAUAGUUCAAUUAUUAUUAGAUGAAAAUGUUGAUGUUCAAUAUGUUGAUCCUAAUGGUGAAACUCUUCUUCAUACAGCCGUAAAAAAGAUAUACGAUAUCAAGAUGAUAGAAUGUUUAUUAAAACUCAAUGUUUCAGUAAAUGCUGCAAAUAAUGAAGGAUUUACACCACUUUCUUUACUUUGUAAAAGUAUAUUCUCAAUAAACUUAGUAAAAAUGAUCGAAUUACUAUUAAAAUAUGGUGCUGAGGUCAAUUUGGUUAAUAAUCGUUUAAUGACACCUUUGCACUUUGCUUGUUAUUCUGAACAUACAAAACUUGCUCAAAUCAAUAGAGAUGAGUCAGACUAUUCUUUUCUUAUGAAUGUCGCAAAUAUGUAUUCACAUGGUAAUGAUUGGAAAAUUAUAAAUCGUAUAUACUCCUUGAUGGUAAAUGUUGUAGAAUUAUUAUUAAAACAUGGUGCAAAUGUUGAAGCUGUUGAUGACCGUGGUUUGACACCAUAUAUAAUAGCUUCUCAUUCUGAUAACAAUGAAGUAGUUGAAUGUUUAUUGAAACACCAUCUCAAUUCUCAUGCUGUAAUUAAUAACGGUGAUUUACCUAUUUAUAUUGAAUGUCAAUUUGAAGGGCUUUGUAUUGAUAUCUGUCCAUCAACUGAUGUUUCUCAAUAUAUGAAAUUAUUUAUCCAACUUAUCAAAAAUUUUACUUCUACAUAUGUUAGUAUAAAUUCGUCCAAUACGAAUAGAUAUACUCUCCUUCAUUAUGCUGUUUUAGAUUUAAAUAAUGGAAUGAUUAAAAAACUUAUAAAAUAUGGUGCUGAUGUUAAUGUUUUAUAUGGAAUAGAUUCAUUAACUCCUCUUCAGACAAUAUUCCAUACGAUGAAAGAAUAUUCAAGAAGUGAAAUUGAUACUUUAGUGACACAUAUUAUUAAAUUGAAAGCCGCUGGAUUACAUGUAAAUAAUAAAGAUUGGAAUAUUAUAAAUCAUCAUUUUCAUAGUCAAAAAGUUAAAGUGAUGGAAAAAUGUCAAAAAGAAAUCCAACUAAUGAAAUGUACAACAAGUCAUUCUGAGGAUAUUGGUAAAAAUCGUUAUAUAACUUUCUAUAAUUUGCUGAAAAAAAGUAUUUAUUAUUUAAGUCGAUAUGUUCAUAUUGAAGAUAUUGAGGAAUAUUUGAAAGCAGAUUAUCAUGAAUUUGAAUUUCCAUUAUAUAUAAAUAUUAUUAGAAAUCGAUUCCGAGAAGCAAAAGUUCGACGAACAUUAAUGAAUUCUGCUAGAGAGUAUUUUAAAUUACGAAUUAAUCAACAAUUACCUGAUGAAUGUAUUGAUGCAAUUUGGAGUAAUUUGAAUAAUGAAGAUUUAAAAACAUUCCUUGAUGCUACAAGAUCACCUAAUGAUAGACAAUCCUCUUUACUGACUCGGAUAAUACGGAAUACAAGAGAAUCAAUAAAUUUUCAUUAUUGAGAUUUUUAUUCAAUAAAUUAAUGACAUGUUUUUGGAUUUUCAGUACAAUUUUAUGAUUCUAUUUAAUGGAUGCCAUUAAAUAAAUAAGUAAAUAAAUAAAUGAUAUUACAAGUAAAUUUUACUUGGUUGAAGAAGAAAUUUUUUUGAUAUGCUGUUGGAAAGAUUAUGAGGCAUUAAAUAUUCAUUUAAAAAUGAACAAAAAAAUUUAUCAUUACUUGUUUUAUUUAUCAAAUAACAGAGAGUAACUCAUUGGAGGAUCUUUUAAAUACAGUCUAUUCAUAUUGCCGUUAUAAAAAAAAAAAAAAUAGAAGAACUACUUUUUGUUAAAUAAUAACAGAUUGUAAUUAACCUUAAUGAAAAUAUAUACAAAACAAAAAAUUUAUUUGUCAGAGAAAAACUUGAGAAAGGUGCUUACAAUCUUAACAGUCAGAGAGUUUUGAACGGAAUGAUUAAAAAUUAUAUUCAGGGUCUUAUCCUAACUUACUAUAUUUUAACAAAUAUGAUAUGUGGCCUGUAGAUGUUGAUGUUGAUUUGUAUUAUAAUAAAACACAUGUCUUAUUACUUUUAAAAAAAAUUUAGAGUAGAAAUUACGAGAUAAUUUUUAUUGUUCUUCUGGUUUGGAUUACAUAUAAGGAACAUCUUUUAGCCACACACAAUUUUUUAUAUAAUUUAAUUUUUAGUUUAUCUUGGGUAUUCA